AUGAGUGAAAAGAGCAAGAACUUGUAGUAGCCAGAACUAAGGCUUAGUAAGUCAGAAAUCGAAAAAAAAUUCAUAGAGCAGCUUUAAUAUGAAAAUGAUUUGAAUAUUAAUGAUAUUGACUAAAUUUCUUUGAAUUCAUUUGCCAGCAAUGAUCAUGAAAUAGAAGCCUUAAUGGAUAAAGGGAGUGUGUUUGAGUAUUUCCCUGCUAAUUAAUAAUAGUCAGAUUAAAUAUAAGGAGAGGAUACCUAACUCACAAGUAAUCUAUAAAAUUUUGAGGAGAUAAUGAAUAAGAUUGAAUAAAAGAAAAAUGAACUUAAAACUAAACAAUAAAAAGAUAAUCUAGCAAAUACUAAAGAAAUAUUGAUCAUUAAUUCAACAGAGUGUAGCCCGGUUAAAAGCUAAAAUGUGACCCAAUUCUAAGAAUUGAAAUAAUUAGGAUCAGAGAAAAAGGAGACAUCAUAAAUUAGCUUAACUAAUUAAGACCCAAAUAAAAUCAAUGAUUUAGACAAAAAUACUCUUGAAAUUGAAAAGCAAAAAUCUAAUCAUGAUUCAGAAUCAUAACAGGAAUUAUAAGAUGAGAAACAACUUCCAAAAUCGAGGUAGAGUUAAGUUAGUAAGCUAAGGUUAGAUUUGGUCUAGGAUGAAUGGUAGAAUAUUGUAUAAGAAGUGUGGCAUGAGAAAAUAGACCAUCAUCAAUUAAUGACUCAACAGAUAAAUUUAAUGCAAGAUUAGUAAGAUACAAUUGAAUUGACUAUUGAUGAAAUACUCUUCUCUCAAAUAUUGAACACUAGAUUCAAGAAUAUUGAAAAGAUAACUGCAUUUGAUCUAAAUCUCAUCAAAUACAAGAAUUUAUUGCUAGAUGAUGUAAAGCUUAAACUUUUUAAAAACUCAAUUCAAGAAUUCAUCAACAUAGCCAUUGUCAAUUAUAGACUCGGUUUAUUGGAUGAUGCUCUGAAAUUGAUUAACAAAUUGAAUGAGCAAACUAAACAUAUGACUCCAGUUUAAUUAUAUCAAGUUUAAAAGCUAGAAAUAAUAACACUUAUAAGAAUUCUAUAGAAAGGUCUUAAUUCUCGAGCUUUUAUUGAAUAUAAAUAACCCCUCUAAUUAGCUAUUGAAUACACUUAAGGAUAUAGAUUUGUUAUUGAAAUUGACGAUAAAGAUGAGGUAGUUUACAGCACAAGAUAUAGAUUUUACUUAAAGACCUUUAAAUUACUCUCAAGCUAUUAGCAAAAUGAAUACUUCAAGGCCAAUGAAUUUCUUUAGUUCUUGAUUGUCAUAAAUAAACAAGAAUAACUAAUAGGAAGCGAUGAUGUUUUUGACAUUCUAAAUAAUAAGCUGAUGAAAAUGCUCGAACAAGAGGAACAUGCAAUAGGCUAUUGUGCUGAUUAAAUCCUAGCUAAAAGCUAAAAUGCCUACCUUAUCUAUUAAUUUAUAAAACUGCAAAUCUAAAUAAGCAAAAAGUCUGAUAAACAAUAAGAUCUUAUGCAUUAACUAAUUCAGGUUAGCAAGUUUAGAGACAUACCUGAUAAUUUAAAAAUAAAGAUCUAUCUUUUGAUUAUCAAGCUAAGUAGUAGUGUUCAAGUCUUCUCGAUAUGCAAAAAGUUCUCGAACAGACUUUAUAGACUAUCACAUUUGUUGAAGGAUGAAAAAAAAUCUAUGAUUAAAUUUUAACUUGACUACUUCAAAUGUGAUUCAUUGAGAUUUUCUUAUCACGAUAACUAUUAAACUCAUCAUCACAAGAAAAGUUCAUUAAACUAUGAUAAUCCCUUUGUUGAAUCUAGAAAAUAAGAAAAUUUAAUCACAUAUAAUUCAUAACAAUCAGAUGAUCCAUUUAGAAAUCAUUCAUAUCUGAAAAAAUAUGAAACAGAAGAGGCAGGAGAUGAGGUACAUGAUGACUCGUCAAUCAUAGUAGAAGACUUUUAAGCCUAUAAUGAAGAUGAAAACUCAGUAGAAUUAAUAGCUGAUUAAAUCUAGCAUAGGAAUAAGAUUAUGGAGGAGAUAAAAUAGUAAAGAGCAUCUGUCAAUCAAGUAAAUGAAAUUAUCUUUGAUGAGUAAUAUCUACUUUACAUUGGAAUAGGAUGCUAUUUAGCAGAAUAAAGUUAAUAUUUGGGUAUAAUUUGCUUAAAGAUGUAUAUUUAGAUUGUUCAGUAAAAUGAUAGAGAUUAGAAAUUGAAGAUUGCAAUGCUAUUUUUAAGUGCUCUUGAGAAAUAGCUUGAAAAUCUUAAUUUAGAAUAAUCACAACCCAUUUAUUAAAUGUGGAUGGCUACAUUUAAAGAUUAUUUAAGCCUCCCAAUUAGACUGCCUCAAGAAAUUGAGAUUGCAUAACUUCUCGAAAAAGAAUUGGAAAAAGCUCUGCCAAAUAUAGAUGGUGAUAUGACUGUUAAAGUGGAUUAUUUUUGA